CGAAAUUCUACAAUGACAGAAAAGGCAAAAUGGCGGUUAUAUCACAAAAAAGAACAAACUUGUUUAUAAAAUAACUCAACAAAUCUGAAGGAACAUAUGUCCGAUCUUCAGUCAUUGCAAUAAAGCACGGAACAGUUAUGGUUUGGUGACAGUGGGGGGAUGUGUGAGUGAUGGGGACCCACGGAGACAUCCCCGCGGACUACAUCUUUGAUGCCUUCCUGAAGGCGGGGACUUGUAAGACUGUCCUGAGUUCCUUCCAUCAGCUGUGCGAGGCGCUCGAACUCAAGCACACCAAUCACCGCCUGUUCUACCGCCGCCUCAGUAGUCAACUCACGUCAUGGAAGGCUCAGACUGUGUGGGUCAAACUCAACAAGAGGAUGGCACAGCGGGAGUACCGCAAAGGGGAGGCAUGUGCCAAUACAAGGGUGCUGGUGAUUGGGGCUGGGCCCUGCGGACUGAGGACCGCUAUAGAGGCCGCCUUACUGGGCUGUAAGGUGGUGCUACUGGAGAAACGAGACAGCUUCUCACGUAACAAUGUCCUCCACCUGUGGCCAUUCCUCAUCACCGACCUCAAAAACCUUGGGGCCAAAAAGUUUUUCGGCAAAUUCUGCGCUGGUGCCAUAGAUCAUAUAAGUAUCCGACAAUUACAGUGUAUCCUGAUGAAGGUGGCCCUGCUUGUCGGGGUGGAGAUUCAUGUCAACGUCAGUUUUGACGGCCUGCUGGAGCCCACGGAGGAUCAACCCAAUGUGGGAUGGAGGUGUGCCAUCACCCCAGAGGACCAUGUUGUUUCUGAGUACGAAUUCGACGUUUUGAUUGGAGCUGACGGCAAAAGGAACACUCUGCAAGGGUUCAGACGAAAAGAAUUUCGGGGAAAAUUGGCAAUUGCAAUAACAGCCAACUUCAUCAACCGAAACACGACAGAGGAAGCCAAGGUGGAGGAGAUAAGUGGAGUGGCGUUCAUCUUCAACCAGAAGUUCUUCAAAGAUCUGAACGAGAAAACCGGAAUUGAUCUGGAGAACAUUGUGUAUUACAAGGACGACACACACUACUUUGUGAUGACAGCCAAAAAGACGAGUUUGCUGGACAAAGGGGUGCUCCGCGAGGACCGCUCGGAAACGGCCUUGUUGCUGUCUCCCGAUAAUAUCGAUAGAAACGCUUUACUGGAAUACGCAAAAGAGGCGGCAAAUUUCUCAACGAACUUUGCUCUCCCGAAUUUAGAAUAUGCAAUUAAUCAUUACGGACAGCCGGACGUGGCCAUGUUUGAUUUUACGUCCAUGUUUGCGGCUUUGAAUGCUUCCCGAGUGAUUGACAGGCACGGACAUCGUCUGCUGAUGGGCCUGGUAGGAGAUAGCUUGCUGGAGCCUUUCUGGCCGACCGGAUCAGGAUGUGCCCGGGGGUUCCUGGGAGGAUUAGAUGCCGCCUGGAUGAUUCGGAGUUGGGCCUCGGGGAAAAUGACCCCACUCCAGGUGAUAGCGGAGAGAGAAAGCGUGUACCAGCUCCUGUCUCAAACCACCCCGGAAAACCUGAACAAGAACUUCAAUGAGUACACCAUUGACCCCAACACCAGAUACCCGAACCUGAACACCAAGUUACUGCGGAUGGACCAGGUGCGACAUCUGUAUGACUGUGGGGACCAGUCUUACGAGGACGAGAUCCUCGACCACCCCACCAAACGACCCAGAAGUGAAGAGUGUAUAGACAGCUACACUCUAUUACACUGGUGUCAGCGAGUCCUGAACAACAAGUUCCGUAACGUCCACAUCAUAGAUCUGACCACCUCCUGGAGGAGUGGGCUGGCGCUGUGUGCCUUAAUUCACACCUUUAAACCAAGUCUCAUUGAUUUCAACUCGCUGUCGUCGCUGGACACGGCUAAGAACAGCCAGCUAGCAUUUGACGUGGCUCGAACGGAGCUCGGGAUCAGCCCGGUGAUGACCGGCCAGGAAAUGGCAACCUGCUCCGCCCCCGACAAACUAACCAUGGUCAGCUACCUGUCCCAAUUCUAUCACAAGUUCCACCGGGAAAGGAACCCUAGCGGUAGGGCUACUGUGGAGUCCCCAGUUCGCAGAGAGAGUCAUAAGUCGCCGCUCCACAGAUCUCUCCUACAGAAAAUACGCAACAGUGCCCGGUUCUCUCGAUCAAAAAGAAACUCUAAACACGAGGAAGAGAAGAAUGAACACAAUACCUCACUCAGUAGAAAGAAGUACAGAGACGACAUUAAACAACACAAUGGCAAUGUUCAACUUACCCGCUAUAACAAGUUACCAAUGGAGGAGAUUGCCAACAAAUUAACGGUGGACAAGAAAGAUGAGAUUAAUGCCAAACUGAACAAUGACCUUCAGUCAAAUGUCAAGGUUAGCCAGAUGGCCGAAAUUCUAAAGUCAAAGUUCAAACAAGGUUUGGAGCCUCCAGCAAAACAAAAAGUGAAGACCACAGGUGUUCUGCUGGCCGCCCAGCCAGAGAGCGAGUUCUGUUACUUCUGUAAGAAGCGAGUGUACAUCAUGGAGCGAAUGAGUGCAGAGAGCGUGUUCUUCCACCGCGGGUGUCUGAAGUGUGACUUCUGUGAGUGUGGACUCAGGGUCAACAACUACGCCUGUGAUAGACUCCCUGGGGGAGAAGUCAAGUUUUAUUGUUUUCGACACUCCAAGCCCGAGAUGAGAUUGGGUCGUGCCAAGAGGAAGCGAGCCUUCGAAGAUGACACGCCCAAAGAGAAUAUACCUAAGAUUUUGGAGAGUGGAGAAAAACUACCCAAAAAAGAAACUUCUGGAGAUACCCCUAAAAAAAUCCCAGUCUCUAAGAGAGGACGAAAGGAAGGGAAGACACCUCUCACCCCACCCUUGGCCCCUGGCAGAGACUAUGUCAAACCCAAGAAGACACCAGAGAGAAUCGAGUUUGAGAACAGCAUCGACGGACUUCCCGAGGAGUCGGAGGAAGAACUAACCGAGCACAAUCUACGAGCUUCCAUGUCACGUGACGCCAUGAUGGCUGAGUUCAACGAUGAUGACGACUUGUCUGACUCGGACUUAGAUGACUUGGAACUAGCGGCCAUUCUACAGGGCUGGUCCAGCGACGAUGAAGAACUACAGGAAGCAGUCGAGUCGACGUACGGACACAACGUGAGCAAAGACCUGACACUGGAGGAAGCCCUGGUCGUCGUGGAGACACUCAAACGCAGGUCCUACGAAAAUCUGAUUGAAGCUGUAGAACAAGAGGGGCAGGGAUCCAACGAAGACACAGACACGGAGUAUGAGGCCUCUGAAGGGGAUUCGGACCUGGAGGAUAUGGAGUAUGAGGACUCCUCUCCAGAUAAACCGGUCAAUGAUUUCAACCCUGAGGAGAACCUGGUCCAAAACACCAGCCCCCAGAGGAGGGCAAGGGCUGACUUCUUCACCUCACCACCAGAACCGGUCAGGCUCGACCCAUGGAAGAUGUUCGAGAAAACCCCAGAGAGGGAGGUGAGGAAGGACAAAGGCCAGAAAGAGGAGGCAAUAGCUAAUGAGGAGGAAAUAGAAGAGGAGGAGGAGGAGGAGGAAGUUCAAGAAGAGGAAUUAAAUGAGUCUGAUAGAGACGGUCAAGAGGAAGGGGAAGUGGAGGGGGAUCUUGAAGUGGGUGGAGAUGUGGAAGAUGAAGAAGGCAGUGACGAAAUCAGAGAUGAUGAUGAGAAUGGUGAGGAAGAAGAAGACAUUGCCGAAGAAGAGGAUGAAGAUGAAGAAGGAGAAGAUGAAGUUGAAGAAGAGGAUGAUGAUAAGACAGCCAUGAGUCGACAGAUGCAGAUGAUUCUGGAGGACAUGGACCAGAAGUCGUCAGUCAGUGACGUAGGGGACGUGUUACGCUCCUCUGUCAGUGACGCGGGAGAAGUGAGGUCAAUUGUCAGCGACGCAGAUCAGUCCGCGGACGAAGAAGACGAGGAGGUGUUCCCGGGGAGGGAUACCCGGCAAGCCGUGUUAGACAGUGUCAAAAACAUGUCCUCCUCAAACUCCAACUCCAGCCCCUCCACAAAAGAGGCUGUUUUGGAAAGUGUCAAAAAUAUGGGGGACCAUGACAUUCAGGAACCAAGUGAUUUUCUCCAGGUGGACGAUCGAUUUAUAACUAAAGGAAGAGGAAGUGCUCGGAAGAAAAGACGGGUGCAGCAUAGAAAUUCAUUUGGAUCCGACUCCAGUUUCACCAUAUCUACCCCGAGUGACUCGUUACGGUCAUCCAUUAGUUCAUUAGCCGCGGAUAUUGAAGUCGUAGAAAAUGACCUUGAAUCUCCGGACAAGGACAUGAUCAGAGACUACUGCCUCACUCUGAGUCACGCUCUUGGAGAAAGUUUUGACGAUGAUGAUGAAAAUCAUGGUGACGUUCCCCAGAAUUACGAGGAUACUCCGCGGACGAUUGGCAUGGACGAUGCAUGUCAGCAAGAAAACCUGGACAAUACGCUAAUCGAGGACGAUGCAGACAUGAAAUCUGAGGGCAGGAAAAGUAGUAUAUAUGAAACUCCAGAUGUGAGUGCCGGAGAUGAACGAUACUUCUUAAUCAGUGACCAUGACCUCAGUAAUAGGUCGAAUACAACAAGUGCAAUAUCCAGUGUGGGCGUUAGUGAAUCUUCCAGUUGUGAUGCUAGAACGAGUAGUUCAGACAACAAGGUGUCCAAUGUCUCCACUCCCUCUUCCAUAUCUGAUAAUCAGGAAUUAACUGAUAAAAAUAGUAACGUAGUGACUAGUGAACCCAGGGGCUCACUUGGGGGUAAACUUAACAGUGAUGGUACCCCUUGGAGGCCUCUUCCUCCCCUACCAGUCCUCGCUAGCACUUCUAACUUUGAGAAGAGUGCCAGUGAGAAAUCUAAGGUUGUAAAAAAAGAGAAAUCCUCAGAAAAGACUGAAGGAAGCAGAAAGCUUCCUGACAUUUCAAACCUUAAAAGCAAUGUAAACCAGCGUGAGUUCCAAAGUAACUUUAUGAGGCAGCAUCUUGGAUCGCCUCGAUCUGAGCAGAAGGAGAUUGCUGCUGGCGGUGACAACAACUCAAGUGGUAGUGGCAGUGGUGGUGGUGGUGAGGCAGGAAAAAAGACAAGGAUAUCUGUGGACCACGCCAAACUGAAAUCUAUGAGUAGCCUGGAGGACAGUUCUAGUCAGGGGGAGGAGAAAUCCAAGAAGAAGAUCACAGUGGAUGUACAGUUGAAGGAACAGCUCAAGAUGGAGCCACCAAGUGCCAAACCAGGGGUUAUAGGGAAAGGAAAUUUCAUCGAUGAAAUCCCUUUUGCAGACGACAGUGACGAAGAACCAGUUCAAGAAAAGUUUUACACCCCAGCCACCAGUAAAAAGAAGGAGGCAUUUAAAGUGGAGGGAGUUGGGAAGGAGGUCAAAAAGAGGCUACUUCCUUUGCUUCCACAAGAGACUGUGCAGAAGAUGCCCAGUGCAGAUAUCAUCAGAGAGAUGAAGAAAGUGGAGAUGGAGAGUGCGCGGGAGAAAGCCAGACAGAGAGCCAGGCUGAAGAGUGACGAGGAGCUCGGAAUCAGAAGUGUGGAGUAUACACCCAAAGUGAAGGGACUGUUAAAGCGCAGCACCUCCAAUACACCGAGUACCAGUGAUUUUAUAUCGGACAGUGAUGAUCCCAGCAAGGUGCUUCACUCAACGCCUGUGGAUAAAACGGAGGUUCCAAAACCGCAUAUCAAGUCCAGUGGGAAGACCAAGAAGAGUAAGAAAAAGACGAUGGACUUGGACCUGACUCUGUCUGAGCGGUCGGAUGGUGAUACCAGCAAGGAGAAGGCCAAGAAGAAGAGGUCACUGCUACAGAUUCUGAAACCUGGGAAAGACAAGUCACCCAAAGAUCUGAAGGACAAGAGGUCCUCCUCUAAUGACACUCUGGAGGAGAAGUCGCCAAAGAAGAAAAAGAAGACUCCAAAGUCUGACAAGAAGAAGAAAAAGACGAUGCCUGAUUCAGCGCUUGAACACCUGGACAAGGAUCUGAGUGAGCUGAAUCUGGUGGGAAUCAAGGAGAGGUUCAGCAGCGAGAAGAGACCAACCCCCCACAGGAGGCACGCUGUACGCAAAACCCUUCCCCCCAAGGCUGAGUUGGAUGAGUUCUCUGACUCAGACGACAGUAAGAUGGAAACAUUGAAAAGAUCUAAGGAUCGUCGUACAAUGUCAGAGGAUGAGUUAAAUUACCGCAUUGCUCGGCGUGUGCAGUCGGCAGCCAGAAAACACAUGAAGCAGCAGGAACAGAAACGCCUGCGCAAGGCGCAGGAAAUCCAGCGACAACUGGAGGAAGUGGACGUCAAACAGAAAGAGCUGGAGGAGAGGGGGGUCAUUGUGGAGCGUGCCCUCAGAGGGGAGGGGCCAGAUGCUGGGCGGGAAGAAGCAGAGUUGAUGCAGGAAUGGUUUACUCUUGUGUACGAGAAAAACGCUCUUGUCAGAUACGAGUCGGAACUCAUGGUCAAUGCCCAAUACAUGGAGCUUGAAGACAGACAUGGCCGACUUGAACAAGAGUUGCGAGAGAAGAUGUCAAUAGACAAUGCUCUGACUCAAAGUGGGCAACUGAAGAACUUGACUCAGAUCCUCAGAACUAGCUCAGCACAGGAUUCGGAGAAAACUCCGACACAGGCAGCAGAAGAAAAACGCAUUCUCGACGAACUACUGGAGGUUGUCGAGGAACGAGACAAGUUAGUGGCUAUGUUAGAGGAGGAAAGGGUCAGAGAGCGAGAAGAAGACCGAGACUUAGAAGCCAUCAUGAACGCCAAAGGUUACAGCCUGGCUCCCACUGACUAUGCUCAGAAAAUCAAGCUGUCCUCUCAAAACUUCCCCCUUUCAUGCUAGUCAACAGAGAUACAGACAAAUUCUUCAAUCAUUUCUAGCAAAGCUAAUGUGUCCCACCAGAUGAGUUAUUAGUUAUUGGACCUAUGACCUGGGAUUUCGUAAUCCCUGAUUGGUUGUUUACCUGUCACAUGGUUUCAGUUUAACAGGGUUGGACUCUUACUUUUUGAUGUUGAACAUCCACUUGUUCUUGGUGAACAAAUCAGUGGGUAUCUAUAAAAGCAAUGUUGUUCAUAUAUCUGUGUCCUCCAGGAGGACUGUGACUUAUUGGUGUAUACGUUGUGGUCUAUUUGACUAUUUAUGUGUAUCUGUCAUGACAGGGUCACAACAAAGAUAGCUGGUUGUGAUGAAUAGUCAAUCAUUUCAGCACACAACUUGCUUUGGAAAAGCAGCACUAAUUUUCUUAAGACUUUAUCUGUGUACAUAUAUCUGUAUUACAUAGACUAGUUAUGUAUCUUCAGAAAAAAUCAUUUUUUCAAGUCAAGAAUAAUCUAAGAAAACAACUUCCACUUAACACUGAAUGUGCCAUUUGAAUUAUAGUCCAUUUUCAAAAGUUCACAGAUCUUUAUAUAAAGUUAUGGUUGGAUUAUAUAUAUACACAUGUAUGCUAGUGUAACUUUUUCUUGUUAAUUAAUUUUUUAUUUGAUAGGUGUGUGUGUAAUGUUAUUGUAUGAUGUUACUGUAGCACAACAAACUGCUGCUAUAUCAAGGCAUACGCAUUCUCUAGUGAACUGUUACAAUUUAGGGGAGUGAUCUGUAGUUAUACAUUGUGUAAAAUAAAACUUUUUCUGUCAAUGCAAAUUUUGUGAUUGGUGUAAGUUAUAUGAAAAUAUUUGAUUAUUUGAAUAUUUAUUUAUGGUUUUAAAUUAUUGGUAUGUGUUUAGUUGUAUAGUAAACUUUAGCAAAAGUUGAUAAUUUAUAUUUUUACAUGUGAUGAUGUCUGUAUGAAGCCAAUACAUGUAGCAAACUGCUCUGAUUAAGGCCUUGUAAGAACAAUCAAACUUUUAUAUUGCUGUCUCUGUAAUUUUUUGUUACCAUGGUGAUGGAGUAGGCCAGUUGUACAACAUGUAGACAGGAAAAGGAAGAUGAAUCUCCCAAGUGGUUCUAGUCAGAGGUUCCUAGUUCAAAUCUGAUUAACCUAUUUUUUUUCUUCCCUACAGUCACAAUAUUUUGGGUUUUAUCAGAAAAUUGAACCAUUAAUUUUAUGUUCAGAUGAAGUAAAAUUAAUCAAGAUCAUAGAAUUAUAUACACAGAGCUUUGCAUUGUGACCUGUAAAUAUUCCAGUGUCUGUAAUUACAAUAUCCAGUGUUCUUAUUGUUUGUCCCUUAAAAUAAGUCGCAAAAAAAUAAGUGCCACACAACUGAAAAAGUUUAAGAUUUUAUCAUUUUCUUUCGAGAAUAUAUUAAUAAACAUAAAAUACUUCUACAUGUAUUUACAUAUUCCCAUUGAAGCUUGCAAACCCCGUUAUAUUUACCACAUAUUUUAUACACUUUAAUACACUAAAACAGAAGAUAUAAUGCACGUCUGUUUUUGUUCACAUUUUCAAAGACAUGGCUAUGUUCACAGACCCACCACGUUAUAAAAUCAAAUAUGAUUCUAUAUAUUAAUAAUUUACUUGUGAUAUCACAGCAUUGUUCUCCAUUACUCUUCCAUGUAAAGUGCUUGCUACACAUUCUAGGUGCUAUUUUUUCAUUAUUUCUCAUGACAUUCAUACAUGUAAGGUUGUACAUUUUAUCCAGAAAAUAAAGACGGACAUGUUCUUAUUUAGAAUAUAAAUACAUUAAAGAUCAAACUGUUAAUCUCUUUAUCUACUACAGAUAUUAGUAGGUCAUAUAAAAAAGACGUCUUGAUUUAUAAAUAGGUAAAAUUCACUCUAUUAAUUCGAUCACAUACUUAAUUUCAGUUGAUCAAAUCAGCAAAAAAAAUUCAGUUCAGAGGAGUUAUAUAUGAUUUCCCGAUAUUAGUGUGAAAUUGUUACUGCUACAUGUAAGAACCUUUGAUAUUAUUUUGUGUGUUUGUGUGACUGGCGGAGAUUUAUGAUAAACGUAUAAAUGUUCAAUGAUGAUAUCUUGAUGAUCAAUAUGCAUGGUUUGUUUGGUUUUGUUUUUUUGUAUGAUAUCAUAUCUUUGGAUCUCACGUAUAUAAAAUCAACUUAAGUUAUGACUUAUUAUAAAUCAAUAACUUUAAAUUUAGCUAAAUGUUUGUAAUUAUUUUAGGAUAUGGUUAAGGGCUUUAAUUCGAUAUUUUUUUUUCUGGAGGGAUUAUAAACAUUUCAUUUGUGCAAGUAGAAUAUAUAUACUUGUGAUACAAUUGUUUAAGUGUAGUUUCGGGAAAUGGUUGAUUUUUUUCUUUCUGUCGUGUGGAUGCAGAUAAAACAUGAAAAUUGAUGAAUUUUUAAAAAAAUGUAUUUGUUAAACAAAUAGUAACAAAUUCUUAUAUCUUAUCAUUAUAUAGCAAAUGAAAUAUUUGUGAUGUAUUUUUACGUUUUUCACGGUAAUAGUAGGUUGUAAAGGGUAAAUUACUGAGCAGUCGUUUUGUUAAUUUAUUGAAAUCCAGGACCCAACAGUAUAUAAUCUCUAUCACCAUUUUGUUAUUGUUGUGUUUCGUUAAUUAGGUCACCCCGGCUUCGCUCUCUCUAUCUCUAUCUCAUUUCUGCAGCCCUUAGACAAACUACAUGUUAAUUGUGCUGGUUAGUGAUUUUGUGAAUGCAAUGUAUUGAGCAGAGAGAAAUAAAUGCUGAUUGCUAUUCAG